UGAUAAUGAUAUGUAAUGAUGAAAACUUCCAGUUCUGGCACAUCUGCUGGCGAAAGAAAACUGAUGCCGUUCAUUCAUGAGGAGUUAGACCGACGUCAGUUACUGUACAGCCUUCUCAUGCCAGUCAUGAACCAGUACGUCCCUGAUUUGGACAAAGGAAAAGCGCUUCACUUCCUGUUCGUGAAGGCAGAAACGAAGACCCCCGGAGGGCUGGUGGCGCGGCCGGUGCUAACAAGCUACUACAAAAGAGAGCACUUCAAGAACCGUCUGUUUGACCCAUACAACUUGUACACAAGCCCGAAUGAGGCGAUCCUCUGCCCCGAUUCGUUCCAGAGUAUGUACACACAGAUGCUAUGCGGCCUCAUCAUGCGCCACCAAGUCCUCCGCGUCGGUGCCGUCUUCGCCUCCGGCCUUCUCAGGGCCAUCCACUUCCUCCAGCUUAACUGGCAACAGUUGAGCCAUGACAUCUCAACCGGAACCCUAAGCCCCAAAAUCACCGACCCUUCCAUAAGGGAAUGCAUGGCCAAACUCCUCAAACCCGAUCCGGAGCUGGCGGAAUUCAUAACGAUGGAGUGCUCCAGUGAGGACUGGGAACGGAUAAUCACAAGAAUCUGGCCAAAUACUAAGUACCUGGACGUGAUCGUCACCGGUGCCAUGGCGCAAUACAUUCCCACGCUGGACUACUACAGUGGUGGAUUACCUAAAGCUUGCACCAUGUACGGUUCCUCCGAGUGCUACUUUGGUCUUAAUCUCAGGCCAAUUUCGGAUCCUUCUGACGUUUCUUACACCAUUAUGCCAAACAUGGGUUACUUCGAGUUCAUUCCACACGAUGACUCGUCUCCUCUCACUCUCUCCCGUGACUCGCCGCCGCCGCUCGUUGACCUCGCCGACGUCAAAGUCGGGAAGUACUACGAGCUCGUUAUCACAACCUACUGCGGCCUCAACCGUUACCGUGUGGGUGACAUUCUUCAAGUCACAAGGUUCCACAACACCGCGCCAGAAUUCCGCUUUGUAAGAAGAAAGAACGUUCUUUUGAGCAUCGAUUCUGACAAAACCGAUGAAUCGGAGCUUCAGAGAGGCAUAGAGAACGCAUCUGUGUUGUUAAAGGAGUUCAACACGACGGUGGUUGAGUACACGAGUUAUGCAGACACAAAAUCGAUCCCAGGGCAUUACGUGAUUUACUGGGAGCUUAUUAUAAAGAACGCUUCUCGUCCUCCAACUAAUGAAGUUCUAAACCAGUGCUGCUUGGCAAUGGAGGAGUCUUUAAACUCGGUUUAUAGACAGGGAAGAGUUGCAGAUAAUUCAAUUGGACCUUUGGAAAUAAGAGUGGUGAAGAAUGGAACAUUUGAGGAGCUCAUGGACUAUGCUAUCUCCAGGGGUGCGUCCAUUAAUCAGUACAAGGUUCCAAGGUGCGUAAGCUUCACACCAAUAAUGAAACUGCUCGACUCUAGGGUGGUCUUUGUUCAUUUCAGCCCAGCUGCACCUCACUGGACACCGGAACGUCGUCGUUGAAGGAUCCUUCCCGCCAUGCAGUAGUCAUGCACUAGAACUAGAUCUCAAUAAAAAUGUUUUCUUUUUCUUUUUUUUUUAAUUUAUUAUUAUUAUUAUCUCAUGGAAGUAUCUGUGUAUUAACUUCUUAAUGUGAUGUUCAAAAGUGCUUGCUUUUA